AUGGGUGUCCAGAAGAAGACCCGCAAGUUCGCCGAGGUCAAGCGCGUCAUCGGCAAAAACGAUGCCCGUCGCAAGGAGAACCUCGCAAAAGCCGAAGCCCUCGCCAAGGCCGAGAAGGCCAAAAAGGCCGGCCCCGACGGCGAGCUCGUCCGCGCCGUGCCCCAGAUGCCCUCGCAGAUGUUCUUCGCCGCCAACACGUCCCUCGUGCCCCCCUACAGCGUCCUCGUCGACACGUCCUUCUUCAGCCGCACCGUCCAGAUGAAGCUGCCGCUGCUCGAGACCAUGAUGGACUGCCUCUACGCCACCUGCACGCCCAUCGUCACCGACUGCGUCAUGGCCGAGUUGUCCAAGCUGGGCCCCAAGUUUAGGCUCGCUAUGCGCGUCGCAAGGGACGAGAGGUGGGAGAAGGCGAGGUAUGACUGCAUCGUGGACAAGGUCCAGAAGGACAGAAUUUACAUUGUCGCAACACAGGAUAAGGGUCUGCAGUCUCGCAUCAGGAAAAUCCCUGGUGUGCCCAUCCUCAAGGUUACAAGAGGAAAAUACAUUAUCGAGAGGCUACCGGGUGCACCGGACUCAUAG